AUGAACUAUGGCGCCUCGAUCAGUGGUAUCGUCCAACAAAACUACUGGAUUACUGAUGGCAAACUAAACGAAAUCAUGAUUAUCGAUCUUCUUGUAACAAACCCCGGAACAUUUUGUUUCCUUCUUGUUGUUGUACUUUGGCUCCGAUAUGCUGCUGCACUCAACAAUUUCAAAGCAUAUGAGAAGCAAAGAGGCGCCCAAGGUAUCCCCUUGGCAUUCCCAUAUGUCUUCCCGCUAUUGGGCAAUCUGCCGCUCCCCUACCUCUGGCGGCCGAAAGCCUUCAUCUUGAACCGGAACUUUUUCCAACGCGCGCACCCGGUCUUGGUCAAAAUCCUCACACGAGAGUUUUACAUCAUCCGCGGACAGGAGAACGUCAAAGCCCUCUUCAGGAGCUCGGCAGCGUGCUCGUCAAUCCCCUUGAGCAAGUUUGCAGUUGGGCACGCUUUUGGCUUGCCGGCCAAGGCACUGAGUCUUUACGACAAGGACGAUUCUGGUGGCGGCCAUGUGCCUCAUCCGAACAGCACGGUCGAGUCCCGUAACCGAAUCGACUACCAUGUGCAUCAGUCCUUGGUCCGAUUUCUGGAAGGGAAGGGGCUUUGGCCAUUUUGGAAUAGAUUUUCAGUCAACAUCACGGGGCAAUUGCAUGACUGGCGUAACCGGCUUGGAUCCAAUUGGGUAUAUUGUGACGACUUGAUGAAGCUCGUCGGGUCUGAGACUACCGUCUCAAUCUUUAAUGCUCUCUGCGGCCCAUAUCUUUUGAAGCUGAAUCCGCGGUUCCUUGAAGACUAUUUCGAGUUCGAUCGAAACUUGCACACUUACCUUCAAGGUGUCCCUUGGUAUCUCGCUCCGAAAGCGUACGCAGUUCGCAAGAGGGUACUGAACGCCGUUCAAGUAUGGCAGCAGCAUGCGAGAGACAACUGCAACGACUCGGCCGUCGGUGCUGACGGUGAUGAUCCAUACUGGGGAAGCAGCUUCUUCCGGGAGAGGCAGAAAAUGUUCCUCGACAUGGACGGUUUCGACUAUGCAGCCAUCGCAUCUCAGGACUUUGGAGCGAUAUGGGCUGUCACGAACUCCGUCACUGCCGCGUCCUGGGCCGUCUACGAGAUAUUUCGCAACCCUGAGCUGCUCGCGAGUGUGAGGGCCGAAGUUGACGCCUGUGUGCUUGAAUCUGCAGACGGCUGUAUCAGGUUUGACAUUGGCCGAUUGCUUCAGCUGCCAGUACUCCAAGCCGUCUAUGCCGAGACUCUGCGUCUCCGAAUGCACGUCUAUAUCAUCAGGAUGCCAGACAGGGCUGACAUGAAUAUCCGGGGUUGGAUCAUUCCCAAGCGAAAGUUCAUUGUCACACCGACAACAGUUGCACACAUGGAUUCCGAAGUGUGGAACACCGGGUUGGACAACGAGCAUCCCGUCGAUCAGUUCUGGGUGGGAAGAUUCCUCAAGUACCCACCCACAAGUAAUGAUGGGAAGACAGGGUCACCUGACCCUGCCUCUUCUGCCACUUUCUCGAAGAAAGAGUACGAAGGCUCAUGGAUCCCUUACGGUGGCGGGCCACGAGUUUGUCCUGGCCGACACUUUGCGAAACGUCAGAUCUUGCUAACCACCGCCUUGAUGGUAAGCUUGUUUGACUGCGAGAUUCUCGGAGAGGGGGAAAACGUGCAGGAAGACUCCACGCUGAGGGGCUUCGGCGGCGGCAUGGCUCGUCCGGCUGGCAAAGUACCGAUGAGAAUCCGGCGAAGAGAGAGGGGCGGCAUGUGA